AUUCUUUUGCAACCCUGCUGAUCAGUCAAGAUCACCAAAGAUGAGGAAGACAAAACUGAGCUUCAAGGGCGAUAACACAAUUGAAAAGAAAAAGAAAAAGAAGCGAAAGGCGGAAACGGAAGCUGAAGAAACGUUACCGGAAGAUGGCUGGGUCGCUGUAGACCAUAUUGAUGAUAUUAAGGGUCCUAUUUUACUUCUCACAACCUCAACAGACCCAGCAUCCGUUCUCAACUGCUCUGAUUCCUCCUCCAAAGUUCAAUUCACACCCAUUGAUCCCGCUACCCCACUCGCAUCCUACGAACCCACAACAGUAUCGCAAGUAUUUGUCGCAAAACGUCUUCCAGAUUCUUCCAAGCUUUGCUUUCGGUCUGCAUAUGAUCGGUACCUUGGUUCCGAUAAAUUCGGGGUAGUACAGUGCGAACGGGAGGCAAUGGGACCAUCAGAAGAAUGGGAGGUUGUGCUGAGAGAGGAUGGCCUGGCUUUGCAGAGUAGUUUCGAGAAAUUCCUCAAAUGUGAUGCUGAUGGUCGGGCCAGGGCGGACUCAGAAAAUGUUGGAUUCAAAGAAGUGUUCCAAAUGCGUUGUCAGGCUGCCAACAAGGCGCGGGCGAAGAAAAAGAAGGUCGAUGUUAGCAUUAAUGCUGAGGAGUUGGAAGUGGAUCACAUUAAAAAAUUCCACAGUUGGGGCGGCGGGCGGUUGGUCCUAUCACAAGAGGACACAACAGUAUUGAGGAAGGCGAAAAAGGAAGGAAAUUUGAACGAAACACUGUUGGACCGCCGGUCAAAACUAAAGAGUGAUAAGUUUUGUAAAUGAAGUGGUGGUUUCCAAGACCCAGCCGUCAUGGAAGCGUGCAGAUAUGAUCGACACCACGUAUUGCCGACGACAGUCUUGGAUUGCAGACGCCUCUUGAGCAUCUCUCCUGAUAUACAUCGUGUCGUGGCAUGGUCACUGCCAUACCAGCAGGAAACAUGCUCAAUUGCUGUUGUCCCGUCAUCCUAAACCCAUAAUCUAUUACAAUAUUGUAUAACGGCGCCCCCCAGGCGACCAACUUUCAAGUGCCCACCUAAA